GAAGGCUCCUUCAUUGUCAGUAGGCUGUCAAUUAUGAGCUAAGCUCUUGAGCGGUUUUACUCCAGCCACAACUCAUUGAUACACAUAUCUAAUCAUCUUCACAGACAAUAGCCAUGCUUUCAAUUUGGAAAGUUACUACAGCAGGCUGUGCUUACUGACACUCCCACAUUCCUCUUGAUUUCAGCAUUAAGGUUGGAUUUUAGCGUUACUAAAGUAAGCCACUGGCAGUUGGAUUCAUCAGGGGCCUCUUGCUGCCCUGACCCCCUUCCUUGCAGGACUAAGUUACACUGAUUGAACUCAACCAUGGCAUUUGCAUUAAUGCAAUUUGGUGAUAAGUUGAAGGGCAUGACUGGUGGAGGAGGUGAUGACUCUAAAGCAGCAGGAGAUGGAAAGGAGACGCCGGAGUCCAAAGGCAUGUCCAGAGAGGAGUUUGAGGAGUACCAGAGGCAGCUGGUGGAGGAGAAGAUUCAACGUGAUAAGGACUUUGCCACGAAGAAGGCAGAGAGGGCCAAUCUAAGGAUUGCACUGAGGGAUAAACACCGACUUCCAGCGAGUGCUCAAGAUGACGCAACCGUUGAGAUGGCUGGAGAUGACCUCGACCUCCCGGAGGACCUCGCGAAAAUGGUGGAAGAGGAUGCGGAAGAAGAGGAGACCAAUGAUAGUUUUCUCGGCAAACUUCAAAACAUGGAUGUGGACGCACUGAAAACCAAAGCCCAGAGCACCAUGACAGAGGUGAAGCAGGCUGCCGAGCAGAAGUGUGUCGUCAUGUGAGCCCACCAACCUCUUCUGUUCUCCUUUGAUAAUUUGGUGAUAUGAACUGAAGUCUCAGGCCAGUUGAAUUUAAUAUAAACAGCAUUCUUCUGUACUGCAUUUUACAGUCGACUUAGGCAUAGAAGGUGAUUCCUAUGCUGAAAUAGGAAUAAGUUUUUAGGUAUAGAGGUUGUGUUUUAUUAUCCUUUUUUUUCUCUUUUUAAUGUUCUUUUUUUGUUAAACUGUAAUGCGUAUUGUACUGCAUUUGAUUGCAUGAAAUGUGCUAUAAAUAAAGUUUGGUUUGGUUUAA